GAGUCUGCGCCGCCAAAUCGGCCGCCGCUCUCUUCAGUGGACCCGCGAGCUGUGUCAACGAUGACUGCCGUGAUUAUUCUCCCGUGAGGAACGCCGAGCCGCCCGCCGCCUCUCUAUGCAGAGCCUCUGCAGGGUCAAGAUGCAGUUUCGGACCGUGCUGGACGUGAAAGUCGUGGACGUGGAGAAGAGGCGCAGUCCGUCCAAGCACUACGUCUAUCUCAUCAAUGUCACCUACUCUGACAACACCUCGCACAUCGUCUACAGAAGAUACAGCAAAUUCUUUGACCUACAGAUGCAGAUACUUGACAAGUUCCCAAUUGAGGGAGGGCAGAAAGACCCGAAGAAGAGGAUCAUCCCAUUUCUCCCAGGCAAGAUCCUGUUCCGGAGGAGUCAUGUGCGAGAUGUGGCCAUGAAGCGGCUGCGUUUCAUCGACGACUACUGCAGGGCGCUGGUGCGACUCCCCCCGCAGAUUUCUCAGAGCGAGGAGGUGCUGCGCUUCUUUGAGACGAAAGCUGAGGACGUCAAUCCCCCAGUGGAGGACUAUGGCUCCAAGCGCAAGUCGGUAUGGAUGUACGGCUUUACAGACAGCCCGAGGAAAGAGGCCUCAGGGAUUGACAGCUCGGAGCCCAUGGUGCUGGAGCAGUACGUGGCCGUGGCCAACUACGAGAGGCAGGAGAACUCGGAGAUCAGCCUCAAGGCCGGCGAGACGGUGGACGUGAUCGAGAAGAGCGAGAGUGGUUGGUGGUUCGUCAGCACAGCAGAGGAGCAGGGCUGGGUGCCGGCCACGUACCUGGACUCUCAGAAUGGGACCAGAGACGAUUUGGAUCUUGGCACUUCCAGGACUGGCGAAGUUACUAAGAGACGCAAGGCUCAUCUGAAGAGGCUGGACCGCCGCUGGACCCUCGGGGGUAUAGUCAACCGUCAGCAGAGCAGAGAAGAGAAGUAUGUGACGAUACAGCCGCACGCCAGUCAAGGGAAGGAUGAAGUCAGCUUUGAGAAGGGGGUCACCGUGGAGGUCAUCCAAAAGAACCUGGAGGGCUGGUGGUACAUCAGAUACUUAGGGAAAGAGGGCUGGGCCCCGGCCUCAUACUUGAAAAAGCUGAAGGAGGACUUCUCCCCGCGCAAGAAGACCCUGACCGGCCCCGUGGAGAUCAUCGGCAACAUCAUGGAAAUCAGCAACCUCCUGCAAAAGAAGUCGGUGAGCGAGAAGGACAUUCAGACGGACGGCGAGGGCAGCACCACGCCGGAGCGCCACAUCUCCAAGUGCGAGAUCAGCCUGCCGAUGCCCUUCAGCUCCGAGAUCAACGCCGAGACGGGCCGCAGGCUGAGCGCGGGCCGGGACACCAACAGCCCGUGUCUGGGAAUCGCAGCGAGCGCCGCGCUGAACGAGAGCAAAGGGAGAGGCGAGCCCGGCUCCCCGGCUGUUGCGAGGGUGGCGCCGCACAGAGUGGAGAUCGGCUUCGAUGCUGUAGGGUCUCCAAAUCUGAGACAAAAACCUCCCCCAAGGAGAGACACCAACUUGGGAUUCCAGUUACCUAAGCCACCGGAGCCCCCUGCUGUGGAAGCCGAGUAUUACACCAUAGCAGAUUUCCAGUCCUCGAUCUCGGAUGGCAUCAGUUUCCGUGGAGGACAAAAGGCUGAUGUGAUCGAGAAGAACCCUGGAGGCUGGUGGUACGUGCAGAUCGGAGAGACGGAGGGCUGGGCCCCGUGCUCCUACAUCGACAAACGCAAGAAACCCAACCUCAGCCGACGGACUAGCACCCUGACCCGGCCCAAAGUCCCGCCGCCAGCGCCGCCCGUUAAAAAGCAAGAAUCUGAGGAGGCCCCCCCCCCCGCGAACUCUGCCUCCAAAGCCUCGGAGCCGCCUAACAGGCCUGUGUACGAGGAGCCUGAAUAUGAUAUUCCGGCGGUUGGAUGCGAAGGUGAGUCCGACACGGAUUCUUUGAGGGAUGAGCGUUGCCUGGACGGGAAGAUCAGCAGCGUGGUCGGCGAUAAGUACCGCAGCUCCCCUCCCUCAUGCAAAGCCUCCCCUCCUGUCCGCAAGGCGUCUCCUGCUUUCAGUCGUCGGAGAGCCUCCUUCAGGUCAGUGGAGGAGGUUGCCAAAGAAGAGUGUAUUUACGAGAACGAUGGCUUCAGGCAAAGCGGUGGCGCUGAGCGGACCUCGGCCAAAGGUUCCAGUGAGCCCAACUCCCCGAAGAGUUACCACUCCUCCACCGUCCCACGAAAGCCCUCUGGAUCCUCGCCUCUGGCCGGCAGGCCCGUGAAGACGAUGACGCCCGAGAUGAAUCGUAGGAGUCAGACUCUGGGCAGACACGUGGAUGUCGGCCGCAGGUCUCAGGACAGCAGCCCCCUCUCUUCAUCAGAUGAAUUGAGCAGAGGCCCCAAGAGAAGCCCGGCUUUCGCCCGGGACGUGGAGCAGAGAAUAGGUCAGAGCCCCUCCACCAGACCCAAGCCUUCCGUCAGGCCCAAACCCCUCCUGACCAAGUCAGAGCCGCAGAGUCCUGAAAGGAUGGACAUCAGUUCUCUGAGACGGCAGCUGAGGCCCACGAGUCAGUAUCGCCACAGCGUCAAACCCUCUCGCGGGGACGACUCCGAAACGGCCUCGGUUAUCUCAUCGGAGGACUCCGUGUGUUCGCGCAGCACCUCGGAUCUCUCCUCUGUUUACUCCAAAGGGAGCCGGGGCGACUCAGACGUGGAGGGCCCCACUCUCUACCGCUCGCUGGACGUCUACAAGAAGGUCCAAGACUCUGAGAUCAGCUUCCCAGCCGGAGUGGAGGUGGAGGUCCUGGAGAAGCAGGGGAGCGGCUGGUGGUACAUCCGUUGGGGCUCGGAGGAGGGCUGGGCUCCCUCCUACUACCUGGAACCCGUCAGACACGCGGGCGACGCCAGCGGGAUGGACUCAGACGGACACGGGAGCGGCGGCAGUAAGUCCAACAGCCUGGAGAAGAACGAGCAGCACGUCUUGGCCCUCAAUAGCAUCAACAUUCAGGGUCUGACGCCGCAGCACCAAGGCCUGAGGAGGAAUACCCCACCGAUUCCUUCCAAGCCUCCCGGGGGCUUCUCGAAGCCCUCUGGGAUGGUCAACGGAGGCGUGCGGAUGAGGAACGGCGUGCGCCAGGUGGCGGUGAGGCCGCAGUCCGUGUUCGUGACGACGACACAGACCCCAAAGGACGCGCACUACAUGACGGGGUCCCUGAGGCGAAACGAAUCGCUCGGCCGAAGCGAUCACUACAGAUCCGGUUCGGCCACCCUCGGAGUCCGGCGGAAUGCCUCCUUCAGCACCGUGCGGCCACAUGUGGUCGUGGAAAGCCAGACGCGGCCCGCCGAGCGCUCCAGCCUGGGGUCCUCGGGGAGCGCGUUCAGCGCGAGCAACGUCCAGGAAGCCCUCAGCAGGGUCGGCCAGCGCAACGGCAUCCCCGUGUCCACCGUCCGGCCCAAGCCGAUAGAGAAGAGCCAGCUGAUCCACAACAACCUGGGCAGGGAUGUGUACGUGUCCAUCGCCGACUAUCGCGGUGACGAGGAGACUAUGGGCUUCACCGAGGGCACCUGUCUGGAGGUGUUGGAGAGAAACCCCAACGGAUGGUGGUACUGCCAGGUGCAGGACAGCCUGCUUCCCCGCAAGGGCUGGGUCCCAUCCAACUACCUAGAGCGGAAGAAGUAAAGCCCACCCUCCAUCCUUCCCCCUCACCCGCCGUCCCACCUCCCCCUUUUCACGAUGUCUCCAAGGGACACGGUUGACAUCGCUCCUCCUUGAAUGUUACCCCGCAAUCUCCUGUAAGCAAUAUGUCCUCGACAAUGUACAUUUAUGAAAAAAAAGACUGUGUAAAAAAAGAAAGAUGUUUUAAUCUGAUGAGAAAAAGGACACCUUUAGUGCUGGUUUACUAAAAUGUAUUCAAGGAGAAGUUUUAAAGAGUUUAGAUGUUUUUGCCCGGGUCGCAGUGGGAGACAGAGUUGCGGGAUUGUUCACCCUGGUGGGAGGAAGUUCGAGGACAGUGUCUUUGAGGUAUGGAAUGAGUUGAUAACCUCUCAAAGAGGUCUGCAUCAUGCGAUACAGACGUUGAGCAGGGUAAUGGCAACGCCUAUGCCUGCCCAUCGCUGACUAUGAUGGCCAAUAAGUGCCUUUUGUAUCCGAUUACCGGAUCAAUGGAGGCUCCAAACGGUGGACGGCAAAACAUGACAUCAACCAAAUCUCUUCAGAGUGCCAUAGGCCUAUGAACACCACCGAUAGUGUUCGCAUGGCCGAGACGGAGCUGCACGAUGAAGUGCAGCGGUUCAGUCUGAAGCGGUCUAAUUGGUUUUCAACACACAGAUGAAAGAAACCUCGGUUCACCAGAGAACUUAUUGGUUUUUUUUUUUUAAAUCAUCAACCAAACAAGAACAACAUCUGAGUCUCUUCGUCAGUCAUUUUUAUUUAGUUUCAUACGUCAUGUUCUCUAAUGUCUUCUUUAGGGAAAUAUUUCUGCUUUCUUGUGACAUCUGUUUGUACACCAACAGCCUUGAAAUGGAAGAGUGGAAGCUCCGGUCUACCGUCGUGAAACCAUCUGACACUGGCAGCGCAGUAGGUGCUCCAGUUAGGCGUAGUUUUGACAAAAUAUGUUUAUAUAUUAAUAUAAGAUGUAACUAUCUAUCUGGGAUAACACAAAAACCCAACAAAACCUGUGAAACUUGAAAAUAACAUUUAUUUCCUGGAAGAUCAAUGCAGCUUCUCCAGAACCAAACCACCUCAUAUGUGUGGGUAGUAAAUACCCUUUUAAAAAUGAAAAUAAUCAGUUUACAAUUAGCAUAGGUUUAGUGUAGUGUUUGGAACAAUUGAUCUUGUAUAUAUAUUUUGUCUUGUAUUCAUAUAAUUUUACUGCUGUUGCGGAGUUGUAUUAGAUAAAUACUGGAAAUGCAGUGAACUAAUCGAAUCCCAGGGAAUAUUUGUAUAGCGUUUAGCCCAAAAUGUGAUCAAACCAAAGAGAAAUAUCUUUUCAUUGGCUUUUUCUUUUUUUUCUCUCUCUGUAUAUUUAUUUAUGGUACAAAAACAAGGUUUCUGAACUGUAAACGUUUUCCUGUCAGUGCCUGGAAGCACUUGAUACAUUUUCUCAAAUAUUGAUCCAUUUGAAAAAAGGCGUUGACAAGUAAACUAUAGUCAUAGUUUUGACAUCAAAUAGACAACAACAUAGUUUAUUAUCUUCUUUCAAAGUUUUGGCUUUUUUUUUUCUCCAUUUCCUAAAUUUGUUAGGUUUCAACUCACGUAAUUUAAUAUUUAAAUUAAACUCAGCUGCCACUAAGAAAUAAAGACCUCGUUACAUUUGCAAAUGUGAAAUUCCGAGCUGAAAUCCAACUUUCAAAAUUCGAAUGGCUGAUGUUCAAGACUGCUGAAAUACAUUUUCUAACGAACGGCGUCGCGAGACUGAACACUUAACUUUUGAUUAUGUUCCUGCUGGACAGUAUGAUAUUUUAAACUAAGUACAGUACCUGCUAGAUCGCAGUUAUCUAUUUUAGCCAAAUCAUAUUUGUUUUUUGUUUGUCUGUUACUUUGUGAUCACACAGUGGCAAUAAUGAGGAACGAAGUGGUUCAAGUUUUGUGAAUUAGUGCACUUUAAAAAUUGAUCUUAUGGUGCACUGAUGUGAAGAUGCAGUAACUCCUCAGCAUAUUAUUUAUUUGAUAAUUUUUUUGUAAUUAUUUAAUGUCUCUUUAUAAUUAUUUUUUUCUCCCUGACUUCAGAUGAGGUGAAACUUUCAGUCUUUUUGAGUAGAAUUUGAGAAACAGAGACCUCUUGUGGAAUGUCAAAGGUACUACAACACGAUUUUUAUUUUCAUGCAAUCUGCCAGGCUUAUGUAUCGGCCGUCUUACCUCAGUGCAAUAAGAAAUGCACUACUGGUCAGUGAGUCUCCCCAAAAACUGUACAGAAAAUUAAUGUUUUCUCUUCUUUUUUUAAAAAUCUCAGUGCAGCUAAAAAUAUUUUUGUAGCACGUGUUUUUUAUUGGGGAAUAAUUUUAUUUUUUGAAUAUUCAAAAAAGUUCCCUUUUUUCUCUAUGCUGUGUGCUGCAACUUUAGCGAAUCAUGGGCACUUCCUUCGUCUUUAUUGUGCGUUACAUAAUGCCGGAUUUUAAAAAUAUAUUUAUUAUGGAUAGUUUUAUAUCUUAUCAUGGUUGGACAAUCACCAAAAAAUUACUGUAUGCUUCUAUACAGAUGUUAUUGUUUAAUCAAUGGGUCCACAGUCUCUAAUAAUGUGCAAAAUGAAAAAUUCAAAAAUAUUAUAAUUUAGUUGAUUAUGUGAGGUACUUGCAUUUAAUUUAACAUGCAAUAAUUAAAGACCCAUAAACUAUAAAGUUAAAAAAAGUAGUCAGUUGAUAUUCGCUGUGUGGCAAAAAGCCCUCCAUCCCUUCCAGACGAAGGCAUUAUGUAAAUGUGUUGCAUCACUUUUAACAUUUUUGCUCCAGCACAUAUUAUUAUUAUUAUUUGCAUAUCGCUUUGUUUGAUCGAGCUGAACUCACUUGCAAGGGAAUCGUUCUGUGUUGGAAGAUACAUUUAGUUUGUUUUAGCAUCUAUCUUUAUUCAUGCUUUUGUUUUCAUUGUUAUUUCCUCUUAUGCCCCCCAUGUUGUCAAAUUCUGAAAUGUUACCUGCGAGGAAAUGUGCAAUAGAUGAAAAAAAAAGAAAAA